AAGUCUCGCGGGCGGCGUAGCGCUUGUUUCAAGUUCACAUCUCUUGUGUUUUCUUGGCACGGUUUCAUGUCAAAAGUUGUGCCUGUGACCGUGCUCACAGGAUUUCUUGGUUCUGGCAAGACAACAUUGCUGAACCACAUUUUGGAAUCCCCAGACCAUGGUAUGAAAUUCGCCAUCAUUGAGAAUGAAUUUGGCGAGGUUGGGGUGGAUGAAAACAUCAUCAAAGAGGACUCUGAGGAGCAGAUCAUCGAGGUGAUGAAUGGCUGUAUCUGCUGCACGGUGCGUGGUGAUUUGGUGAAGGUCCUGAAACGUUUGCGCGAUAGACUGGACAGCAUCGAUGGCGUCAUCAUUGAAACCACCGGCUUGGCGGAUCCGGCUCCGGUGGCCCAGACCUUCUUUGUGGAUGAUGACAUCCAGAAAUCCUACAAACUGGAUGGGAUUAUCACGGUUGUGGAUGCCAAACACAUCGUCGAACAUUUAGAAGAGGAGAAACCGGAAGGCGUGGAAAAUGAGAGCGUGGAGCAGAUCGCCUUUGCCGACCGGAUCAUUUUGAACAAAACGGAUCUGGUGGAUGACGUGAAACUCGGUGAGGUGGAAGCCAAAGUGAAAAAGAUCAACGGUGCCGUGGAGAUCAUUCGAACUGAGUACAGCAAGGUGGAACCCAGGAAAUUGAUCAACAUCAACGCCUUCUCCUUGGAUCGGGUCUUGGAGAUGGAUCCCCAGUUCAUGGAUACGGAAGGUGAGCAUCAGCAUGACCAGACUGUGAGUUCGAUCAGCUUCAAGUUUGACGGCGAGCUGAAUGUGAACAAGUUGGAACGCUGGUUGAGCAUCAUGCUGCAGACCAAGGCCCAGGAUAUGUUCCGCUACAAGGGCGUCAUGGCAGUGAAGGGCAUGGACACCAAAUUUGUGUUCCAAGGUGUGCACAUGCUUUUCAGCGGUGGCUUCCAGGAUUCCUUCAAGUGGAAGCCUGAGGAACCGAGGACAUGCAGAUUUGUUUUCAUCGGCAAGAAUCUGGAUAAGGCCCCAUGGAGAACUGAUUGGAGAAGGUGGAGGCUGAUCUGGAGAAGAACUUCAUGGACUGCAAGGUGACUGCAGAGCCACGCUUCAAGGUGGGAGAUUUCGUGGAGGCCAAUGUGGGAAGCUGGUCAGGUGGGAAGAUCCUCAAGGUCUGGGACGAUGGCAAUCCCUACCGCAUUCAGCUGGAGAAUGGGGAUCAAGUUUGGGCUCCGGAAGACUCCGACAAUUUCGUGCGCCUGAAGAAAGCCAAGCAAGAUGGCUAUGCCGCCUGAGUAGAUCGAAGCCCGGUUCACUGGACCUGUAAAAAAUGGACCUGAGUAGGACUGUAGGCAAAUUGAAUGCAUUUUUGGGCCUCAAAGAGACCAGAGGGGUGAUUUUUCUGUUUUAGUUUGGACUAAGAGGCUCUGCUUUCCAAACGUUGUCCAAACAUUCCCUGCACAAGCAAGGAAGAACAAAAAA